ACGUGUCAGAUCCCAACCGCCCAAAACGAUAUACCCGGCAAUUCUACCGCCAUCUUUCCUGAAGAAAAGCUGGAAAAAGAGAAGCUUCUGCAAUCCAAAGCACCAGCAUCUGUCCUUCAAUUUCCCUCCUUUUCUCUGAAAUUCUGUCUAGCAGGGAAAAUAAAAAAACCAAAGGAAACCCGAUUCCCAAAUAGCUUUUGUUUGGGUUUUUAUCAUCGAAAUCUCCGGAAUUAUCUUUCUGUUUUCUUGGAAAUAAAGAAACAAUAGAAACCCAAUUCCAUAAAUAGCUUUUGAUUGGGUUUAUAUCACUGGAGGCUGCAGAAUUUUCUUUAUGUUUCUUUGGAAAUAAAAGAAACAAGAGAAACCCAACUCCCAAAUAGCUUUUGAUUGAGUUCUUCCAUACCAAAAUCUGCAGAACUUUUUUUCUUGAUUUUUUUCUAUAUAAAUCCAAGACUAGAGGAACCCAACUCCCAAACUGCUUUUGAUUUGAGCUCUCAUCAGAAUCUGCAGAUUUCGUUCUGUUUUCUUGGAUUUCUCUUCAGAAAUGGAAGAGAAGGGAAAUCCAACUGCUGCAUAGGUCUUCGUUGAGUUCUUCUAAUCAGAUUCUACGGAAAUCCUUGUUUUCGGUAAAGGGUAUUGUAUUUUUGAUUGAUGAGAAGCUUUGAAUGGCAAAUGGUGAGAAUUGAACGGCCAAGAUGAGCCGAGUCAAGGCAGAAGGCAAUCACCGCCGUCAAUUCCAUGCACCCCUUCUUUUCUACCUAUGGAUGAAAUGCCUGGGUCUUUCGGCACGAGCGCCAGCUUGUCACUGCGGUUGGGGCAGGCGCUCUUCUCGGCAGCUUCUCUUCUCUUCAUGUCUGUGGGCGUCGAAUUCUACAGCUACACCGCCUUCUGCUAUCUGGUAACGAUCAUGGGUUUGGUGAUUCCGUGGAGUUUUACAUUGGCAAUGGUGGACGGAUAUUCAAUCUUUGUAGGAUGUGGUCUUCGCCAACCAGGCAUUAUGGUGAUCAUCGUUGUCGGAGAUUGGGUCUUAUCAUUACUAUCGUUGGCAGCAGCUUGUGCUACGGCUAGUGUCAUCAAUGUCCUCCCCCACAUUAAUGGGUCCUACUGCCCAUCAAAGUUCUGCAGCAGGUAUCAGCUCUCUGCUGCGAUGGCUUUCUUGUCUUGGUUUCUUACCACCACUUCGUCUCUUUUCAAUAUGUGGCUGCUUGCCUCUUGGUGAUUCUCAUUCAACUUGGGCUAUUGUUGUCUUGCUGGUGAUAUCUGAGACUGUUCAUGAUGUGGUUGUGUCUAUAUAUUAUUGAUAUGAUUGUGGAAGGUGGAAGUGAGUUGUUAAUAAAAAUCAGAUUCUUCCCA